CGAGAAACUCCAGUGGUUCAUCCGUCCCACCUAAACCUUAUCAAUGCCCCGACUCCUCCUUUUAUUAAGUUCCGAAACCCUAGAUCUCAGAUCACCACUCUAAUGGCGGGCUUCCUCUCCGUUCUCAAGCGCAUCUACCUCUCCAUCUACAACUGGACCAUCUUCUUCGGAUGGGCUCAAGUUUUGUACUUUGCUGUGAUAACCCUAAGGGAGUCUGGGUACCAAGCUGUGUACGAUGCUGUCGAGAAGCCUCUGCAGCUCGCGCAGACGGCUGCUGUCAUGGAGAUUAUUCAUGGUCUUGUAGGUCUAGUUAGAUCUCCGGUUUCAGCGACAUUGCCACAGAUUGGUUCCAGAUUGUAUCUAACAUGGGGAAUCUUAUAUAGUUUUCCAGAGAUUCGCACUCAUUUUCUGGUCAGUUCUCUUGUGAUCAGCUGGUCCAUCACUGAGAUAAUAAGGUACUCAUUCUUUGGUUUCAGAGAAACAAUUGGUUUUGCACCUUCCUGGCUCUUGUGGCUCAGGUAUAGCACCUUUUUGAUACUGUAUCCAUCAGGCAUCAGCAGCGAGGUUGGCCUGACAUAUAUUGCACUGCCCUACAUCAAGGCAUCUGAGAAAUACUGCAUUAAGAUGCCAAACAAGUGGAAUUUUUCAUUCGACUACUUCUAUGCCUCAAUACUUGUGCUUUUAACUUACGUUCCAGGAAGUCCUCACAUGUAUGGAUAUAUGCUUGGGCAGAGGAAGAAGGCUCUCUCAAAAUCAAAGAGGGAAUAAAUCACUAAACCUCUGCGCACUUUGGGCUCCUGGAUGUUGCAAGAAUUUAUCUUGUUGUAUUAAUUAUUCUUAUCUUCUCUCUAUCUCGGUGUAAUCUUCAAUCCAAUACAUUUUCUUUGAUUGUGCUUGGAUGUUGCAUUUGUCUGCUAUCACCUUUGUUUUUUCUAAUCCAUUUGGUUGUUACA